GCACUUUCAGAUCAUACAAUUGCUCGGGUUUUCUACUUUGAAUCGAGUUAGAUCGGAUCAUGAGUCACACAUUAUGAGCUAUAAUCAUGUGAGUAAUCAUCAGGUCUACUCUGAGGAGGAGGGAAACCCUACUCUUCAUUUUCCGAAAAUCCCUUCAUUUCGAGUUGGACCCUCGGGCGGUCGUCGUCCGGCGUCCGGCGGGCUAAACUCGGGCGGAAGGAGAUGGAACUCCGUGAGUUGGACCCUCGGGCGGUCGGCGUCCGCUGCACCCUCCGUGAGUACCCGGGUCCGUGGCCUCGUGGUGGAGAAGUGCGUUGCGGCGGAUGGGAGGAGCGCGAGGAGCUCUACAGUUCGAAGGCCGCGGCAGGGUCAAGUCAGGGGACCGAAAGCUCCCCGCACAACAACGUCUGCUACGGACCGUGCCAUCCAGCUCCUCCCGAUCCUUGCAUCUUUCGGCAGGCCAGACCACAUUUUGUACCAACAUUGGCAUUUCGCAACAUGAGUUGGCCAGACAGGAAGACAGGCUGCAAGCACUGUCCAGCUCCAAUGCUUGAAAUGAAGAGGGAAAGGAAGUAUGGAAAAAAACAGUGCUCCACUCUGCUAUUUUCUCUCUGUUGCUGUGUUUCCACCAUGGUCCAUUUGAAUCCUUGCUCAAUCAUCCGUUCUUGUUUUAUGAGUGAAUGGAUCAGUUCCAGAAAAUCAAAACAGCUGUAACGGCACACAUUGACACACGUGUAAAUAAAGUAACUAUGAAACACGAGGAUCGUCAAGCAUAUACAUUGCUAGUGCACAGGCAAUGAAGACCGAGACAUGACAGCAGGACUAUCACUAUCUUCACAAAUCAACCGUGUAAUGACAUGAUUAUAUUGUAUCGGGGUGAUUAAAUGCAACUAGUUGGGAACCUGGGCCUGGAGGCAAGCAAAGGCAUCUAGCUGCUCCUUCCUCCAGUGGCAAGUUGCCUGUUAAUAAAUCAUCUCAUGAUCUGGAGGAUCACAUGUUCAUCUUGCUGCCCUUCAACCGUGCAGGCAAGUUUGCCACCCUCAUUGCAGACAUGACAGCCUCAUAAUCAAAGCUAAGUUUGCGAUGCUUCUUGGGUUUGGUGGCUUCUGUUGCAGUUCACCACUUGGUUACACAUGAGAAUGAUUCUUCUUGUCUGCUGGUCAAGCAUAUACGCUGCUAGUGCACAAGCAGUGCAGAGCAGAGACAUGACUACAGGACUACAACUAUCUUCAAUAAUCCACCGUGUAAUGAUGUGAUUAUAUUGGAAUCAGGCGAUUUUGCCGCCCAUAUUGCAGACAUGACAGCCUCCUAAUCAAGCUAAGUUUGUGAUGCUUCUUGGGUUUGGUGGCGUUGCAGUUCAUCAGUUGGUUACACAUGAGAAUGAUUCUUGCUGUCUGCUGGUUCAGCUAUGCAGUUGCUUUGACCUCUUUCGCUAUAUAAAGAGGAAAGCCAAAGCCAGGAAGACCACCAUUGCAGCAGCUUGCCUUCUCUUCUCCAUUUCAAGAACAAAAGAAGCUUCACAGCUUCAGCCUCCAUUCAAAUCAUGGCUUGCCACCUUAGGUCCGCGAGCGUGCCUUCCAGCCCUCGCUCUAACAAAGCCAACAUCGAUGAACAGCUCCAGAGCCUGAAGGCAACCAUCUCCUCACCUUCAGUGGCCAUUGAAACCAUGGUUGAUGGUCUCAACAAGAUCGUGAGCAUCUACAGCUGCAUUGACGAGCUCACAUCCUUGCCCAGCAACCAACGUCAGCAGAGGAAGGCAGUGGAGGAGGAGCUUGAGCGCUCCCUUGUCCUGCUUGACCUUUGCAACGCCGUGCAAGAGAACUUUGCAGAGCUAAAGGUCAGCGUCCAAGAGAUGCAGCUGGUUCUCAAGAGAGGAGACCACAUGGCUCUUCAGGCCAAGGUUCAAUCUUAUGCCCGCUUGGCCAAGAAGUCACAGAAGCAGUUCAAGAUCAACAGCAAGGCUGCUUCUGACAUUGAAGGAUGCAGGGUAGUCAUGUUGUUGGCUGAAGCAAGGGAGAUCGCUGUGUCAAUGCUCGAAUCGACACCACGUCUCCUCUCAAAGAAGAUCGCGAUGCCCAGUGCUAGCAAGUGGUCUCUUGUGUCCAAGGCAUUUGAGAAGAAGAAAGUUGUGUGCAAGGAGGAGCAAUUGCAGGCGUUGGAGUUGGACAUUUCUGAUCUUGAGAGUGGAGUUGCCACUUUGUUCAGGACACUGAUCCAGAGCAGAGUUUCUCUUCUGAACACUCUCACCUUGUAGAUAGAUCAUAAACCAACUCUAAUCCCUGCGAUUAGCGUCCGCCUUUUAGAGGAUCUGCUGAUCAUGGAAACAAUUUUGAUGUAUAUAUAUGAGAGAAAGUGUACAGAAAUAUACUAUGCUGGAAAGCAAAGUUUUGGGUCAA